CUUCCGAAGCGUGCUCCACGUACCUGAGCUGAAACACACACGUCCCUUACAGAUCUGUCUAUCAUCAGGACUUUAAACCUUGGUCUGAAGUGCUCAGUUUGAGAUGGAGCAAGCGUUUAAAGCCGUCACACGCACUCCAGGCAUCAUCAUCUGGAGAAUCGAGAAAAUGGAGCUUGUUGUCAUCCCGGAGAAAACUCACGGCAAUUUUUUCGAAGGCGACUGUUACAUUUUGUUGUGUACGAAGAAAUCAGGCAGCGUGCUGCAGUACAACAUCCACUACUGGAUCGGAGAGGAGUCAAGUCAGGAUGAACAGGGUGCUUCUGCUGUUUACGCGGUUCAGCUCGACGACUUUCUGGGCUCCAGUCCCAUCCAGUACCGUGAGGUCCAACACAAUGAGUCCAGCACCUUCAUUGGAUACUUUAAACAGGGAAUCAUUUAUAAAAAAGGUGGUGUGGAUACCGGGAUGAAGCAUGUGGUGACGAAUUCAAGUGACGUCCAGAGACUGCUGCAGGUGAAGGGACAGAGGAAAGUCUCCGCUAAAGAGGUGGAAAUGAGCUGGAAGAGUUUUAAUCUUGGAGACGUUUUUCUGCUGGAUAUCGGAAAAACAAUUAUCUUGUGGAAUGGGCCGAACAGCAACACACAGGAGCGACUGAAGGCGAUGAUACUGGCGAAGGACAUCCGUGAUCGGGAGCGAGGAGGCCGUGCUGAAAUCGGCGUGAUUGAUGGCGAUGCAGAGAACAAUUCUCAGGCAUUAAUGGAGGCUAUGUGUAACAUCAUUGGACAACGGCCGGCGAGUCUCCCAAAUGGAACUUCAGACGAACAAGCGGAUCAGGAACAAAUGUCUCAGGUCACGCUAUACCAUGUGUCUGACGCUGAUGGGGAAAUGAAGGUGAGAGAAAUCGCCAGCAGGCCUCUGGUGCAGGAAUUAUUAAGUCAUGACGACUGUUACAUCCUGGAUCAGGGCGGAGUCAGACUGUUUGUCUGGAAAGGAAAAAAAGCGAAUAAAGCUGAAAAACAAGCUGCCAUGUCCCGAGCUGUGGAGUUUAUUAAGCAGAAAGGUUAUCCUCACAGCACAAGCGUGGAGGUGGUUCAUGAUGGAGCUGAGUCCGCACUUUUUAAGCAGCUGUUCCAGAGAUGGAUUGUUAAAGAUCAGACUGUAGGGAUGGGACGCACAAACAAUGUGGGCCGAAUCGCCAAAGUGACGCAGGAGAAGUUUGAUGCCACGACGUUGCAUGUGAUGCCGGAGGUGGCUGCGCAGGAGAGGAUGGUGGAUGACGGAAAGGGGCAAGUGCAGAUGUGGAGGAUCGAGAACAUGGAGCUGGCAGAGGUCGACUCUCACCUGCAUGGGUACUUCUAUGGAGGCGACUGUUACCUCAUAUUAUACACGUACGAAGUGAACAGCAGGAAGAAUUACAUCCUCUACAUGUGGCUGGGUCGUCACGCAUCUCAGGACGAGUUGGGGGCAUGCGCAUUCCAUGCGGUGACGAUGGACCAGAAGUACAACAACCAACCUGUUCAGGUUCGAGUGACGAUGGGGAAAGAGCCGCGACACUUCAUGGCCAUGUUCAAGGGCAAGAUGGUGGUGUUUGAGGGAGGGACUUCUAGGAAGUCUGCAGAAGUCGAGGAACCCCCGGUGCGCUUCUUCCAGAUCUCAGGAACCGAUUCGUUUAACACUAAAGCCAUUGAGGUUCCAACUGUAGCAGCAUCACUCAACACGAACGAUGUGUUUCUGCUGAAGACUCAGAGAGCAGUCUACCUGUGGUACGGGAAGGGUUCAAGUGGAGAUGAAAGAGCAAUGGCUAAAGAGAUGAGUGCUUUUCUCGGCAAAGGCCUUUCAGAGGAAAUCAUGGCUGAGGGACAGGAACCCAUGGAAUUCUGGCAGAUUUUGGGAGGAAAAACUCCAUAUGCAAACGACAAAAGGCUGCAGCAGGCUGUGAACGAUCAUCAGCCGCGUCUGUUUGAGUGCUCGAAUAAAACAGGAAAGUUCAUCGUCACUGAAAUCUCUAACUUCAGUCAAGACGACCUAAACGAGACUGACGUCAUGUUGCUGGACACCUGGGAUCAGGUGUUCUUAUGGGUCGGACAGCAGUCGAAUGAGACGGAGAAGAAGGAAUCCAUUACCACGUGUCAGGAAUACUUGCGCACGCAUCCCAGCAUGCGAGAUCCCGAGACUCCCAUACUUCUCAUUAAACAGGGCUUCGAACCCCCGACAUUCACUGGCUGGUUCCUGGCCUGGGACCCGAGCAAGUGGAGUGGCGGGAACACGUAUGAGCAGCUGAGGGAGGAACUAGGCGUGGUCACAGAUGUGGUUACCAUCCCCAAAGCAGCACAAAUGGCUAAUGGGGUGGUAAGCAGUAAUCAGAACAGCAGUAAUCAAAGCAGCAGUAAUCAGAGCUGCGCUGCAGCUGGCUCAAUGCAGCCUGAAGUGUAUCAGGUGUUUCCGCUUGAGGAUCUCAUCAAAAAAUCAUCUGAGGAGUUUCCAGAGGGAAUCGACCACGCCCACAGAGAGAAACAUCUGUCAGAUGAGGAAUUCCAGUCCAUAUUCCAGAUGCCGAAAGACCAGUUUAACUCUUUGCCGAACUGGAAACAGCUGGAGCUCAAGAAGAAAAACGGAUUAUUUUGAACUUGUGUGUGUAUUUGUGUUUAUUUUGUCAGAAAUGUUGGACAGACACUGCUGUACAGAGUUAGCGUACAUGCUAAGAUGCUAGGCGUUAUCAGCAAUGUGACAAUGAAGCACUAAUCUGUAACCUAUGCGUAUGUGUGUGUGCUGAUCCUGAAUCACAAACCUUCUUAAUAUGAUAAAUUACAUAUUAUAUGUCUCUUAGAGACUGUCUUAUUUACUGUCUCUCAGAGAUUAUGACAGAUUACAAGACUCAUGAUGCUUUUAAAUAGUAUACACACAUCAGAAGGGAGUAUGUUUAACCAUUAGUGAUUGAUGUACUGUAGACUAAAAUUAUGUUCUUCCUAAUAAACAGGCACAAAAAUGGAGAAGAGCAAUAGUUUUAUGUGGAUACACCAUGAGGCCUUUCCUGAAAAACAUUUCAUCUAGCAUGCACACACACACACACAUAAAAGCAUGCUGUUUAGGAACGAUGCACUAGAUGUGCCCACAACGUUGUGUAGAAUUUAAUUGCAUACUCAUAAGCGCAUUUAAAAACUGUACGCCAUCUGUUGAAUUUUGGAAUGAACUAAAAAUAAAUUUCAC